AUGGAGAAGCACAAUAUCCCAGAUCUGUUCAAACUCGUCUGGAAAACUCUGCUGUCCAGUCCGACCAAGUUCCCGGACAAACACAAAGGACCGACCGUCACGAAGAAUGAUCAUUUGAACCGCCGUCUCAUCUCGGCGUGUGAAAAAGGCUGUGCCGAAAUCUGCAGGCUUCUUGUUGACGAAUAUGGCGCAGACAUACACCACGUGAGCCACAACUACUCCACCACAUCGCUGGGGCGAGCAGCUGGAUCGAGCGCCAAUCCUAUCGAGGGACGACUACUAGUAACAAGGUACUUGCUCGAAGAGAAGCAUGUCAACAUUCAUAUGGCGGACGGCGAAUUCGAAAAUAGUGCUACUUCGCUUGCGAUGUUGCUCAAGUCUGGGACCAAAGGUCAAGAUGAGAUGAUCAAGCCGUUGCUCACACAUGGCAGGCCAUUGGAGGAGAUAGGUGAGGGUGUGUUGAAAGUAGUCGAGGAGGCAGGAUCUGAAGCGAAUGUCGAGCUGUAUCUGGUGUUGUACCGAGCGCCUAGAGAGACCGUGAAGCUCAUGACUGAAAGACGGACAGACGGGUAUAGACAGGUCGGAGUCGCAGCUAGCAAGGAAGAGUGGAAGACAUGGCUUGGGACCAUGCAGAUCCGUAAAUCGGACGAGAUGCUUGCAGCAGAGGAUCCGAAAGGACGUCCAUUGGAAUGA